AUGACCGCGGUGGCUCCCGACGGCCUUGGCGCAUCUCUGCGGUAUCUGGGCGGUACCGACAACAGCACUAUCAUCAUGGAAGAAUACCCCGUUCACCCGUACCUCUUGUCCUCGACAUUCCCAACCGAGAACUUCACUAUAAACGCGUCCUUUGGAGGGAAUACCACAGAAGAACUCUUGAUGGGCUACACGCUGCCGUGGUGGCAGCAGCUGAUCUUCAUCAUCAUCUUCGUGGUGAUGUUCACCGUGGCCGCCGGAGGAAAUAUCAUUGUCAUAUGGAUAGUUCUGGCGCACAAACGCAUGCGGACCGUCACCAACUAUUUCCUGGUGAACCUUGCAGUGGCCGAUGUGUUGAUAUCGCUGCUGAACACGCUGUUUAAUUCUAUGUACAACCUCUACCAGGACUGGUGGUUCGGAAAGGACUACUGUAAGUUCUCCAUGUUCAUAUCGCCGUGCACCAUAUCGGUGAGCGUCCUCACCUUCAUGGCCAUCGCCAUCGACAGGUACAUGGCCAUCAUCCAUCCACUACGCCCUCGACUGACGGGUCGCAUCGUCCUCACCAUCAUCGUGUUCAUCUGGCUGGCGUCAUUCCUCCUGGCUCUGCCCAACCUGUUGUACGCCGACCUCUUCUUCCAGCCGCUCGCAGACGGCUCCAUCAGGACGAUCUGCUAUCUCUUGUGGCCUGACGGACACAGCAACGAAAGCAUGUCAGAUUUUGCAUACAACAUCUUGCUCAUGGUGCUAAACUACUUUCUGCCUCUUCUGACGCUGGCUGGAACCUACGCGCGGAUUGGCUGGGAGUUGUGGGGAAGCAAGGCGAUUGGAGAAAAUAUCCCGAUGCAGGCAGAGCGCAUCAAGAGCAAGAGGAAGGUUGUGAAAAUGAUGAUCGUCGUUGUUAUUAUUUUCUGCCUGUGCUGGCUGCCCACCCACGUCUACUUCCUGGUGACCAACGUCUACCCGUUAGUGACGCACUACCGCAACAUACACCAGAUCUACAUCGUCAUCUACUGGCUGGCUAUGAGUAACUCCAUGUACAACCCCAUCAUAUACUGUUGGAUGAACGCCAAAUUUCGACAAGGCUUUCUUCGAAUAUUUCGCUGGUGUCCUUUUCGUCCCUGCCGGAAGACACGACGACUUGUUAGCCAUGAGAGAGCUUUUUACUCGACCCGAGCGAGCAUGUCCGCCUCUGAGAAAUACGACCGCAACGGCUCGCUGAUGCACACCACCAUGGACAGCCUCGACGACACGUCCACGGCAGCAGCCGGCGCCUACCGAAUGCACCCGAUGAUCGCCAAAAGUCGAUCACUGAAGCGAGACGACUCGAUUUCAACCUCAACGUGA